CGAGCUCCAGUGCUUCCAGCCGGCAGCAGCACCAAGCUAACAAGUAUUUGUGAGGAGAGAGAAAGAAAGAGAGAGAGAGAGUGAAAGCGAGUGAGAGAGAGGAAAGGGGUGAGCAGAAGAGAAUCAGGCAGUGAGGGACCUCAGAGUAUGAGCAUAGAAUGAUUGCGGAAAGAAAGAAGGCAUAAGAUAGCGAUAGAAGCAGAGGUGCUCAGUGCUGCACAAUAGUGCCAGAAGCUGCUUUAAAAAAAGAAAGAGAGAGAGCUGGCAUCAUGGCAACGCUCACUGCAUCAUCACGACACAUGGGGAUGUUUGGCUGCUGCUGGUGAAUACUGUGUGAUGCAGAGGAGAGAGUCAAAGAGGACUUCCUGGAAACCAAAGGCAAGCUAAGGAAACAGGUCUAACCAGUUGGAGGAACCACAAGAUGAGUGGGAUCCUGAAGAGAAAGCUUGACGAUGACCCCUCCCCUUAUUUGUCAGUGCAAGGGUCUGAUGAUGAUGAGGUAUCCUGCAGUGACAGUGGUAACAGCAGUGACAGCCUCAACCAUUCUGUCCCCUCCAGCUUGCUGGAUGCCUCCAUCCAGCAGCAGUCAAAGCGACUGCGAGGUCAUAAUGUGCACUUUGAAAGCGUCACAGUCUACUAUUUCAACCGGCGGCAGGGUUUUACCAGUGUACCCACACAGGGAGGCAGCACCCUGGGGAUGUCACCACGUCACAGUGGGGUGAGGCAAUUCACUCUCAGGGAGUUUGCCAUGGAACAGAAACGGAGCCACCGGAAGAUGUUGAGGGACCAUCUGAAAGAGGAGAAACUUAAUGCCAUCAAACUCAAACUGACCAAGAAUGGUACUGUGUCAUCUUUGGAAGCAGAUACGCUCACAAUCGAUGACAUUUCCGAAGAUGACCUGGAUGUGGACAACACAGAGGUAGACGAUUACUUUUUCCUCCAGCCUCUGACUACUAGAAGGCGCCGUACUCUUCUCCGUGCCUCUGGUGUCCGUCGCAUUGAUGUGGAAGAGAAGCAUGAAUUGCGUGCCCUGCGCAUGUCCCGGGAGGAGUGUGGGUGUCGAUGCCAGGGAAUAUGUGAUCCCGAGACCUGUGCUUGCAGCCUGGCCGGCAUUAAGUGCCAGGUGGAUCGCAUGUCCUUCCCUUGUGGCUGCACCAAGGAAGGCUGCAGCAACACCACGGGACGCCUGGAGUUCAACCCGGUCCGGGUGCGCACCCACUUCCUGCACACUAUCAUGAAGCUGGAGCUGGAGAAGAGCCGCGAGGAGCAGUAUCAGCAACCAGAGCAGCUUGUAACCAAUGGCAACAGUUACCACGGAGACUCCACCUUGGUCCAGCAGCAGCAGCAGCAGCAGCCAAACCUGCAGUUUCCACUGAUGAGCAGCACGCAGCACAUUCACAUCAUGCAGCUUCAGAACACAGGUGACACUGAGUCACAUCUGGAUGAGGAAGAAGAGGAAGAAGAGGCGGAGGAGGGAGAAGAGGAAGAAGACGACGAUGAGGAGGAAGAAGAUGAAGCUUAUGAUGAAGAUGGCAGCAGUGUUUGCAGUGGGCUGUCGGACUGCAGCACACACAGCUUGGAAACAAUUGACCCUGAGGAGGGAGAAGAAGAUGAGGAGGAUGAGGAAGACGAUGAGGAAGAAGAGGAGGAGGAGGAGGAAGAAGAAGAAGAAGAAGAAGAAGAAGGAGAAGAAGACGAUGAGGAGGAAAUCUGGGAUUGUUCACUACAUGGAACAAAUCCUCCACCCUACUCUGUUCCACUUCCUUCUGUGAUGAGUUACUCUAACAGCACACUCAUGAACCUCAGUAACCUCUUCCACACCACUCCACCCAUGCAGCACUAUCAAAGAAACAGCUCUGUGAGGGACGCGCCUGCUUUCCACGGUGAAAAUGUCAGCAGCACACCCACGCUCCCGACAGUAGAGUCUGCAUUAGAACUAAACACAGAACUCCACUGCCAAACAGAGCAGCACAACACUCCUCGCCAUUUUUCGGAGUCCCUGCCACUCCAAACUUGCUCACAUGUAGACACGCGUGAUGCUAACACUGCCCCUGCUGGUGUGCUCGCUGAACAACCUCAUUCGACAGACCUCCGGAACAAUCCAGACUGUCAUGACACACAGGCUGAGCAUCCUGCUGAGUCUGAGGAGCAGACAGGGGAGGAGAGAGCAGAGCCUGCACAGGAGGAAACAGGACCGCAGACACAUGGUCAAAUGACAUCAUCAAAGAGUGUCUGAAAAGAGAGAUCAGUUAACAUGUGGAAAUAUGCGGUCAAGAAUUGAAGUUUGCUUUAUUCAUGAUGAACGCACUUUCAAAGACAGAAUGAGUCACAUAUUUGACACAGAAAAAGACAGAUAGAUGGUACAGUGCUGUGAACAUUUGUCUUCUUCACAUUUUUCAGACAUCAGUAAAUAAACAAGAAAGUUUACAAAUUAUGCUUUCAGUUAUUAAGGGGAAAAAGGUAUCCAAGUCUCUAUUGUCAACAAUAAGAAAGACAGUAAUGCAAAGAUGGAAUCUGUGAGAUAGUUCCAAAGAGAAAAUCAUCGCUAACCAAAAAGACAUUGGAAUUUGCCACUUGGUGAACCACGUGAAUGGUGAUUUUUGGUGAAAUACUCUGUGGACUGACAAGACCAAAGUUGAAGUUGUUGGAGGUUUGAGUCCUGUUACAUAAAACUAACACAGCAUGUUAUAAAAAGAACAUCAUACUAACUGACAAACAUGGUAGUGGUAGAGUGAUGGUUUGGGCCUCCUUGCUGCUUCAGGACCUUGACGACUUCUCCAAAAAUCUUCUGAAUAGCUAAAUAAAAAUCCCCAAAUGAUGUUUUUGGAGUGGCCGAGGUGCUGAGGAAUGUUUGAGGUGCUUUGGCAUGAGCUUAAAUGCUCAAAAACCAUUCACUGUGGCUGAAUUCAAACAAUUCUGCAAAGAAGAGCAAGUCUGAAUUCCUCCACAGCAAUGUGAAAGACUCAUUGCCAGUUAGUGCAAAUGCGUGAGUGCAGUUCUUGCUGCAGAGGGCGGCACAACCAGUAAUUAGGUUUAGGAGACAAUUAUUUUUUCACAUGGUACCAAGUAAGCUUGAAUAGCUUUUUUUAAUCCUAAUAAAUGAAAUCAUCAUUUAAAUAAUUGAAAUUUAAUUUUAAUUAUUUAAAUAAACUCAGCUUAUAAACUCAGCUUAUCUCUGUCUAAUAUUAACAUUUGUUUGAUGAACUGAAACAUGCAAGUGUGACAAAUAUGCAAAGAACAAAAACCCCAGCAGCAACAAAAGAAAUCAGGAAGAGGGCAAAUACUUUUUUUUUUCACAGCACUGUAAAAUUUGAGUUCACGUUGUCUCUAAACUGUUCUAGGAAUGUCAAGUUAGACUAAAGAGUAUAAAAUUAGGAAAAAGUUCAUCUUUAUCACUCAAUCAAUCAGUGUUUCUGUACCUGUAACUAUAUAGCAUACAGUUUAUGGCUUGUUGUACAGUCUUUGGUCAUUACUGCAUGUUGGUCAUUCUGGUUGUGACUGGCAUCUAUGACAAGUCAAAAUUAGAUUUGGAGGUGCUUGUUUUGUUUUGGGGGGUUUUGUGUUGUGCCACCAUCUUAUUGUUGAUGGUAAUGAUUGUUCAAUUCCGUCUGUAUCGCAUGUGAUCAGCUUACCGAAGAAGUUUAUCAUCUGUCAAGUGAGAAACAUGAGAGUUAAUCUUCCCAUGUUAGGCUACUAGAACAACCUGUGUUUGCAGUUUGCCAAAGGGCUGGGUAUGGUCACAGGCACAAGCACAUGUGACUUUGGACCAGAAAACUGUUUUACAUCUUGUGACCAUUCACUUUCAGCUACUGUUUGGUCAGGCUUUUGCAGCUUUAAACAUCUAUUAGAAAGCUUUGUUCUCUAGAUUACUAAGACUAAAGGUGCACAUGCACAUAACUGCUAGCAGUGCAUACUCACACAAGGCUUUUCCUACCUUGAUUACCAGUAUGAUCGCUCCGUGCUGUGCCCGGGCAUAUUUAAGGGGGUACAGCUGUACUGUACAAGGCAAUGGAGUCCUUAGUUUUAAGACCUAAUAUCCUAAAAAGCAAACUAUGUAGGCGUGUGUUACAUUGCAGGAAGGUCCCCUGCCACAGUUAGGACAAAUUUGUUUUUAUAUUGAACGUUGAAUUAUUUAUUCAUUCUAUAAAUCAGCUUAACUUUACAAAGCUUUUUAGUGGUUUUCGUUAGAGAUCUCAAGAUUACUAUCACAGUCAACCCUCACAACUCAAACAGGCAUUUGUUUUGACUGUACAAAAUAGUCAAAGAAAUGCCAUUGCACUGAACAACAGAGAGAAAAUGAGCAAACAGCUUAUGAGAAGACAUGUAACAUGGUCCAAUAUCUUCAUUACCACCAACUCUGAUUUGUAUUUUGUGCUAUUUUGCAAAUGUUAGCAUGCUAGGAAGCCAAAUGAAGAUAACAAACAUUGCAUAGCCUAACUGCUAAACAUCAGCAUGUUAGCAGUGCUGACAUGUUACCAUGCUGAUCUUAGUAUUUUGUUCAAAACACUGCUAUACACUGCUAAUAUACUGUACAUGUUUCACCCCUAAAACUAUCACAAUAUGUUCACCAUCAAGUUAAGCUCCUAAAAGAGCAUAUAUUUAGAUUAGAGAAUGGUCUGUCUGUGCAUUACUUAUUAGUUUACAGUGAUCAUUGUGAACAUCAGUGAUGAAACUAUUUCUGUUUUUUUCCAGUGAGAAUAAUCAAUACUGUCAAAAACUGGGGGCCACGUGUUCUGUAUCUUCCUUUUUACACAAUGCAUUUUCAUGAAAGUGUGAAUAAA